AUGGUCCAAGGAAAGACAAGAGUAUUCUCAAUUGCUGCAACUAACCCUUUGACAAAAAAGAUUAAUACAUAUGCUUAUGCUUUCAUUAAUUAUGAAACGCGUGAGUCAUAUCGUAUCCUCUUCGAGAGGAUCUUUAAAGUCUUAGGGGAUGCUGGGAGGAAAGAAGUCCGAUGGGCAUAUCAGAAUCAUUAUUCUGAUACUGCUGAGGGAAUCCGCACUGUCACAGUUGAUAUGUGUAAAAAACAGGCUCCAGGGCUUGGAGACUAUCUUGCUGGACUUGAUCCUCGCUGGACAUGGUCAGAACAUCUUCAACAUGUGUUGAUUUUCUGUCAAACCCAUGUUAAACGUGCUUUUCGGAAGAAGUUUGGUGAUCAUCCUGCUACUGCGAUAAUCAACUAUAUCUGGGAAGCAGAUUCAAAACAGGCUGUUCUGAGCUUAAUGGAGGCGAUGAUUUCGCAGUUCCCCGAGACAGAAAGUUGGGUUAAAAAUAAGCAGGUUGAUUGGAUUCUAUCUAGUAUUACACCUGAGGCAUCUAAGAUUCCUAUUCAUUGGUGGAUUCAAGCCCCCCAUCAUACAGGGAUCUGCGAGAGUAGUCAUUUUGUUGAUAAUGAAGCUGUUGGUCGAAAACAGGCACUUCUUACAGCAAUUCUAAGGACGAAAGGACAUGUUCACGAAAUGUUCCAAAAAAAUCAAUUUGAGACUCAGCAUGGGAUUGAUUUCACUUGGCGUUCAAAUGACAUUGUGACCCGGAUAGCAAAACAAAAUCACAGAAAGGACAAACGUCGCCGGGCUGCUGCACUUCGAAGAGAAAGAAAUCCAGCACAAGCUCGAGAUGUUACGAACCCAUACGAAAAUGAUGAAGAAUACUCGAGGAUCGCCAACACCAAGCAUACAAGCUGCACCAAAUACAAGAGCACGAUCUUUACGAGCAAGAGCUAG